AUGCAAGGAUUUAUGCUGAUCUGCUUGGCCCUUUUGUUGGUGUUCGUUUCAGCGGCGCCAUUCUACGUAAGUUUUUUCUUCCAAAAAAAAUAAGAGGAUUAGUCUCGAAGAAAAUAAAUAAACAAAUUCCAAAAAAUCAAAAAAAUAUAUUUUUUUUGUAGCUGGUAGAAUAUCAAUCCGAUUCUCGAGUUCCUCACCAAACCCAUCUUGAAACAAUUGUCGGCGGUCUGACUUCUGAUCAAUAUGGAAUGGAUUCGACAAGAAAUAUGAGAAAACAAUUAUUUUCGAGGAAAUUGUGGUAG